AUGUGGUUCCGUUCAGCACUCGUCGCGGCCCUACCGCUGCUUUCUCUCGCUGCACCUGUAACCCAGGAUAGCAGUAGCCGUGGUGGUGAUGCCCUCCCCCGUACCGACUACGACGCCAUCAUCAUCGGCGGCGGUCCCUCCGGUCUCGCCGCUCUGAGCGGUCUCGCGCGCGUCCGCCGCAACGUGCUCCUCGUCGACUCGGGCGUGUACCGCAAUGCCGCUACCCGUCAUCUUCACGACCUGCCCGGCAACGAUGGCCAGCAGUCGGCCUACUACCGCUGGGUCGCCCGCCAGUCCAUUGCCCAUUACGGCACCGUGACCAUGACUAACGGCACCAUUACCAAGAUCCAGCCCGAGCGCAACAACACCUACUUUUCCGUCACAGGCAACUACACGGGCAGUCACGAAAUCACCUACACGGCGCGCAAGGUCAUCCUCGGCACCGGCAUCCGCGACGUCAUCCCCGGCACGCCUGGCUUGCGCGAAAACUUUGGCAAGGGCAUCUACUGGUGCCCGUGGUGCGACGGCCACGAGCAUGCCGACCAGGCCCUCGGCAUCGUCGGGCCCGUCACGGCAGCCCCCGGCACCGUCCGCGAGGUCACCACGCUCAACACCGACAUUGUCGCCUUCACCAACGGCACCGCUUCCAAACAGACCCUUCUCGAUGCCACCGAGAAGAGCUUCCCGCGCUGGCAAGAGUACAUGGCGGCGAAGAAGGUGACUAUCGACAACCGCGUCAUGACGUCGGUCGAGCGCCUGCGCGACGGCGCGGAUCCGGCUGCCGACCCGAGCCUGCCCACGCACCCGGAGCACGACCUCUUCCGCGUGCACUUUGCCACGGGCGAGCCCGUCCUGCGCAACGCCUUCAUCAUCAAUGUCCCUACGGAGCAGGCGUCGACGCUGCCAAAAGACAUUGGCGCCGAGGUCGUCGGCGGCAAGAUCAAGGUGGACGGGACAAAGGGCCUGGUCACGACGGUGCCCGGCGUCUACGCCAUUGGCGACGCCAACAAUGCCGGCGCCACCAACAUCCCGUUUGCGCUCUUCAGCGGCAAGCGCACCGCCGUCUAUCUGCACGUGCAGAUCGAGCGCGAGAACGCAGACGCCCUGCUGGCGAGCCUCAACGGCACGAGAACGGAGAACCGCCUCGGCAGCCGCAGUAUUCACGAAGAGGCCCGCGCGGUCUGGGACGAGAUCAACGGCCGGCCGGGCGAUGUAUUGUAUGCUGGCGAGUUUGACCAGUAG